GAAUCGGCUUAAGUACUUCUUUCAAGUUUCGAAUAGGAAAAUUUUCAAUGAACGUUUAUAACAAACUGGCUGCAGACCACGUCCCAUCGAAAGAUUCAAGAAGCUAUGUCAAACAUCCGUCAUCCCAUCAUUGUUAGGCAAGAUCUUCAGUGCCUUGGAACUAACACUGACAGUUAUGGGAGAGUGAGUAAUGAACAAUCUCUGUUGUGGGAUUCGCCCAAGAAACAAUACUGUGAAAAAUGUCAAAGUCGACUUAUACAACUGAAAAAGCAAGCGUUGGGGAUGAUGAUAGCCUAUAGAACACAGGAGUUAAAAGGCAUUCCGUUGCAGGAAAGUAGCCUAACAGUUGUGAUCUAUGAACAACUUCAUGUACCCGAGUACGGAAGGAACUCUUUGUUGGAAGACCGCUGUGACGUUUGUUUCACACACUGUGCUCAACUGAAGAACGAGGCUGUGGCCAUGGUCCAGUCCCUUGAACUUGCCAGCGAAAAUAGUAGUGGCGGCACCUAUCGACCACCUCCUAAACUACCUGCAUCACUCCAUGACUCUCUUUACGUAAAUACCUAUUACCACGUGAAUCAGCACCACAGUCAGCAAGCGGAUGCUUCACCUUCACCAGUUAAAAUCCCUUCAGCGGCUGGAACUAGAUUAUAUGGUGUACAUAAUGGAAAUGUCAAUGGAAUAGCACGUGUAUCGCCUUCACCAGAGCUUCAGCAUUCUGUUCUGCCAGCUGCUAGCGGUCAGAGAAUGUUUCGUCCAGACGGAGGCACAACCUUCAGUGACAAAACUACAACGUACUUUGAUACCGUACCUCCACCUGUCGCCCAACAAGCUCAGCACUAUCUGGAAGAGAACAUCAAAGCAUGGAUUAGACCAAAGCAAAGCCAGCAAACUCUUCCGGUUGCCAGAGAGAAUGGCCACACAACGUAUAUUCAACAACUGACUGCCUCGGUAGUUCCAGAUCUUGCAGUGUCAGAAGCAACGAUGAUAGCAUGUGCUAGGCCCAAUCACAGUCGUACCCAGAUCAAUAACGAUCGCGUGCACUCGUCACAGAACUACCCCCCUCCCAUGAGUCCAGUAUGUCCAGUGGUUAAUGUGGGAUCUGAAGGGUGCGAACUAAUGGCCCAGAGUAGUUUCUUACCUUACUCUCUGCCGUACAGCGGCUUCACGCAACCCCCACGUUUGCAGGUUGCAUCUUAUGGCUCUCCCCUGAGAAUAAUGUCUGGAAUGACACAGCCUUCAGCUGCAGCCUCCUUUUUUGCAAGAGCCUCACAACGGCUAAAUUUGUCAUCAAAAAAGAAAAAACGGCACCACGGAAUCCAUGAACUAGAAUCAUCACCUUCAUUUGCGACUAACUUUUACGAUAUUAUUCGAUCUUCUCCUCCGCCCAUCCCUCCUGGUCUUCUACGGGUAACAGCUAAGAAGGAUGGCAUGUGUAUUGGCAAGGUGAAGGUAAUGCUACGGAUUAGUCCUGUCAGUGAGGAUAGUAACAGUACCAAAGAAUCCUCAUUCCUUACAGUUGAUACUAGGAAAAAACAAGUGACACUGUAUGAUCCAUCAUCGUGUUGUCAAUCAGCGCCUCUUGACCGACAAGUAGGGGUUGCAGCACCUAAGAUGUUUGCUUUUGAUGCCAUAUUUGACCCUGAUGAUACUCAGGCUGAAGUUUGUUGCAGCUCAUUGACUGAGGUCAUACAAGCAGUAGUGAAUGGCAGUGAUGGAUGUCUGUUUGUGUAUGGUCAUUCGAAGCUUGGUAAAACAUACACAAUGCUUGGAGAGAGCACAUCAGUCCAAGAACUAGGAACAAUUCCCUGUGCCAUUACCUGGUUAUUUAAACUAAUCAACCAACAGAAGGAAAAGACAGGAGCACGAUUCUCAGUUCGAGCAUCUGCUGUGGAGAUAGCUGGUCGGAGCGAAACCUUGAAAGAUUUGCUGAGAGAUUACGCUACUGGUACAGAAGGAAGUGGAACUUCCCCAGGUGUUUUGCUGAAAGAUGACCCAGUUUAUGGCACACACUUGAUGAAUCAGAGCGAAGUUCGAGCACCAACAGCAGAGAGAACUGCAUACAUAUUGGACGCUGCUAUUGCAGCUCGAAACAUCUGUGAAACGACUGAAGAAAGGCGAGAUUCACAUUUCAUGUUUACUCUUCAUGUUUAUCAAUACAGAGUACAAAAGGGUAACAAGAGUGGUGUUGUUGGAGGUCGAAGUCGUCUUCACAUGAUUGAUCUAGGAAGCUGUGAAAAUCACUUGAAGCCACGUGAUGGGAUGAGUGGACAAUCUUUGUCACUCUCAAGUUUGGGGAAUGUUAUCAUUGCCAUUUUCAAUGGACAAAAGCAUGUGCCUCACAAGGAUAGCAAGCUAACCCAGUUACUAAGAGAAGCUAUGAGUAGCUUGACCUGUAGAGCAGCCAUGGUUGCUCAUGUCUCUAAAUCUCCAGAACAAUAUGCUGAAACUUUGUCCACAAUUCAACUGGCCAGUAGAAUUCACAGAAUGAGGAGAAAGAAGCUCAAGUAUCAAGGUGCCAACUCUAGUGAGAGUUCUAGUGAUGACAGAGGAACAUGUCAUCCCUUCAUAAAAGGGCAUGCAGUGAAUGAAGAUGUAAUGAAAUCCAGUAGUGAUCCAGACUGCACUUCAAGCAGUGAACAGUCCUGUGACACAGUGAUCUUCAUUGGUGAACGAAGCCAAGGAUUACAGAAUAAGAAUAUAAAAUCACACUCUUCACCUCCUCUUUCAUGUAAGAAAAUGGACAAACCUGGUAACCCAUCAACAGAAGUUGCAAAGUUUCAUCAAGCAACUUUAAUUUCUCAAGGAUCUAGAAGGUGCAGUACUUCAUCUGCAGGUCUAACUAAUGAUCAAGACUCUUUAACACAACAGUGGUACAAACAAAAUUCUCUACAAACUUCCACACAAAUACAACCAUUAAAAAAAAUUGUUAGCAGUAUUUCGGACCUGAAUAGUGGAUAUCAUCAAAUGCCUUCCAAACAUUGUUCACUAAAUAUGACACCACACAGUGGAUUUCCAGUUUCUUUUUUAAGACUAAUGAAAAAUCCUGUCGGUGAAGAUCUUGAUCACAGUGCCCUGAGAGCUCAAUGUUCUUCUCCCAAGGAUCUUAGUUUGUACUGCCCUGAACAAACCUCAUACUCAAACCACCAAACUGCACUACAGUUGCCAAGAAAAUUGCCAGUGAAAUAUAAAAUCAAUAUCUCCAAAAAAGAAAGAACUAAUUUGUGCUCUUUUGGUGGAUAUACCCCUAACAAGCAGAGUGCAUACCGAGAUUCUACUGUUGAAAGUGAUGAGUUGUGGAUUGAUGGUCCUCGAUUUCUAAAACCAAAAAUUGAGAAUAAAAGCAUUCAUUCCUUUCAGGAAGAACAGUGGAUAGAUGGACCAGGGGUUUAUGGUUUUGCUGAUGACUUCAAAAAGAAUAUGAUUAAAAAAUGGGUUGAAGACCAUUCUCAUCAUGUUCAACAUGUCAAGGAAAUGAACUGUGAAGUGUGGGUUGACUUUCCAUCUGAGGAGCAUAGUGAAUCUAAUAAGUUUCUCAAUGACUUCAACAAGGAGUAUAAUCUAGAGGAAGAGAACAAAAACUAUGAUCAUGAACAUCACAAUAAACAAAGCUUUUCAGCUUUCAAAAGGAUGAAUGAAAGUAGAUUAAACAUAGCUGAUGAAAUUAACUCAGGUAUAAGGGAAGAGAAGAAACCAACAGAUGUGGAUAAACAAAUAGAUAAGUCAUCAGCAAAAACAACUGAAUAUUCUGUUUCUAUACAUCAUGAAUCAUUUAAUGACGAUAAAAGAGAAGAAAACGGGUUUCAAAAUUUCUGUGAUUCUCGAAUGUCAGAUGUUGGUAACUUCCAGCUUGUUUCUGAACCUGAAACAAUAAACACUCGAGCUAUAGAAGAAGAAUUAUCAUUGGAAGUGUUGAAUAAAACAAGUGACAUAUUGAAGGAGCACAAAGUUUGUGAGAUUACUGAAAAAGUUGAAAGUUUAGAUAAGAAAGAUCAAGAAAAGGCUGUUCAAGUACAAGACUCUUGUCUUCAGGUUAAUGAAGAAGAUAUAUUGGACUAUAUUCUUUGUGAUUCAUCAGUUUCAGAAAAUCUUGCUUUAGAAAAAGACCAAGAAAGUUUGGAUGGUAGUCAGCAUCCACUUAGUAUUUUGAGUAAAGAAGACCUUAACUUGCCUUCUUCCUUCACAGACUCACAGUCUGUUAGUGUUGACUUGGACAAUAUUAGCAUUUUUGAUGGAGGGGAAGAGGAACUGAAUCAUCAUGUAGAAGAUAUGAUGUGGUGUCAUCUUCAACAAAAUAUCUUCCAAUGUGAGCUUGAAAAACAAAAGAAGAAAACGAUAGAAAAUAUACCUUUUUCAAUACAUAGUGACACUCUCACACAUAAACUGAAUAGGGUAGCCUAUCUUCAAGAUAUUCCCCUCUGCCUAUGUAAUGAAAAGAAUGUACCUUCAGAUUCAUACAGUUUACCAGAUUAUGUCAUUCAGCCAAGCUUUUCUCACAAGUUUUGUAACAAGAACAAAAUUUCCAAAAGUGAACUCAGAAAGACAGAUAUUACCAGCACUUUGAGUGAACCUGCAGAUCUACACUUCUUUAAGUUAAAUAUGAAACCUAUGAAUGUAUUGAAACUGGAAGCUUCUUAUACUAAGCUUUUUGAAAGUUCAAAAAAGUGGAGACCAACACAGGUUGUUAUGCCUAUGAUACAUUCUCUUAGAGAAAAAUCUGCUUCACUGACAGACUUGGAAAUGAUAGAUUUGCAGAAAAUGAGCAAAUCACAAGAACAAAUGUCAAAAUUACCAUUUUUUCAUGCAUUUCCAAAACAAGGUUGGACAUGCAAACAACAUAGAACUUGCAGUUCUUUCAAAUAUUCACAAGAACUCCAGCCAAAUCUUAUUAGAAAUCUAAGUCAUCCUGAUGGUUCCUCAAAUUCAGAAUUAAAUAACUGUUCUUCAAUAAAUGAAAGUUUUUCAUUAAAGAUACCUGGACAGCAGUACAUCAGCUUAUCCAAACCAAUAAUUGAAAAAGUCAGGAAGGAACCAUCUCGUUUAAUGGACCAGAAUAAAGAUGUUAUUUUCACAAACAAGCUACCUCAAAAUAUAUCCAAAGAUUUGAAACAGGCAAAUGUCAACACUGAAUUAGAUUUUCCAAAUCAGCAUAUUGAUCAUCAAGAAGAGUGCACUGAUAUGUAUUUUUCAAAAUCCAGCAGUGCCCUUGAAUUUGCAAAACAUAAGCAUCAUAUAAAUUCAAAAUGCUUACUAAAAUCAGAGAAACAUACCAAGUACUCUAAGAGUACUCCUCCAUCAGCUUCUCCUUUGAUCCACAUUGAAGAAUCAAAAUGUCCAGGUACCAGUUUGAAAACUGAACUAUUACAUCUUCAUGAAGGGUAUGAAAACACUAUUUCUUUCCAAUCACCUUACAAACCAAAGAAUAAUCUUCAGUCACCAUAUGCAAAAAUUACAAAGGCUCGCCCAAACAAACAUGCUAGUAGUGGUCGUGGAAGUGACAGUAGCAUUCAGAGUGUUGAAUACUCGAAGAAUAUACCUGUCAGUAAGAAAUUGCAAUUUUCUGGAACAAGUAGUGGUUAUGAGAGUAUGAUGCGGGACAGUGAGGGGACACUCGUGUCUUCCAGCCAGGAAUCAGCUGAAGAAGGAGACACAUCUGAAAAACAAGGCAGAAAUGGAUCAAAAACUAGAGCUCAAGGCUCUGGUCAUCGCAGCCAAUCAGCCAUUGCUUGUUCAACCUCAAAGAAAAAGACUUCACAAUCUUUAAUGUCUCAGCUGAUUACAAAACAACCUCUGGCAUCAGGUACAGUGUCACAAUACCAUAGUAAUGGACUAUGGAAGCUUGAAGAAGAAAUGUGUUGCAGUGGACUUCUAUGCUGUGGUGUUGGCUUCCGCCAUAUUGCUUCUGAUAUUACACAUGUUUAGUGCUUUUAUCCCCUGCUAAAUUUUUAUUCAAAAAAUAUAUUGCUGCUAUGAGGAACUGGAUGUCUAUAAAAUGUACUCUACAAAUACAAUUGCAAAGCUGUGCUGUGCUGUAGGAAACUUAACGAAAAUCUAGCAAAAUAAACUUAAAAUCACAUGCUUGGGACUCAUUAAUCUAUUAGAGACCCCAAAAGUGGAAUUGUGAAGAUUCUGAAACUGAAACAUGACUACCUUAUUGAAGAGCUGGCUAAUGCUAAUGGUGGAUCCUUCACGAAGCAACUUUGAAUGGCUUCUUUUGGAAAAAAUGGCUGAACAUAACCCUUGUGUUAUUAAAGCCUGGGAAAAGAAAUUCAUAUCCUUAAGAAGAAAGUUAUUGCUUAGAAGUAUUUUAUCAUGACAGUAACAUGUUUCACUGUACAUCAGUAAUGACAAUGAUCCAAUUUUUCCAGUAUUUGAUAUAUUACAUAUGUUAAUUAGUGCUUGCAAAAACUGGUUGUUAUAUUGUUUGAAAACAUUAAGAACAAUAUUUUUUCAUACCUGCAUUUUUCCUGCAAAUAAUCCAAAGUAUAUUAAUCAUGAAGUACAAGUUUAGAAAAGGUUUUAUAGUUUACAUUUAUAUAUUUCAGCAUUGUUUAUAUUAUAACCUAGUAAUUAUGAAAAAUUUCCUCUCUUUAUAAAAUUGCACAUAAUAUAGCCAUCUGUUUAUUCUCAACAUUUUUUUUUAUCUCCUAAAUGUUUUUACAUAGGGUUGUUCACAAUCUGUGGUAACAUUUUUAAUGAUACAAGUGUAAAUUUUCUCUGGCUAGACAUUGUAGCCCUUGCCUUUCAUUCAUCACCAUUAGUGUUCUAAGUGAUGGACUUUUACUCUGCAGCCUGGUGGUAGAGCUAUGGAUUUCAGAACUGGGUUUUAAUCUGUGAGAUACCACAAAAUAUUACCUGCACUUUAAGCUGUGGAAGUGUUAUAAAAGUGAUAGUCAAUCCCUUAGCAUGGAUGAUGGGUGGUAGGGUUCUCUGACUGUUUGCCUUCUCUCUGGUCAGUAGCUCAAAAUUAGUGAUGAUAACAAACAGCCUUAGUUAUUUUCCAUAAAUACAAAUACAAAAAUUAUUCAGCAGCUCACUUGUGCAAUAUACAUGGUUAAUGUUGUUACUUUUCCUUUUUGCAAACAUUUCAAAAUCUAUCAACUAUGUGUGCUGAAUAUGACUUCCAAGGUGUCAUUUGAACAACCCAAAAACACAGAAGUCCAUGGGAGAUGUAUGUGAAUAGUAUAACAUAAAUUCUCAUUUGUAUUUACAUAUUGUGGGAAAAUUUGGCAUGUUGACUUGGGUGUGGGUUCAGAAUUUUAUCUGGAUGGGUUCAUACCAUAAUGGUAGCAGCAUGUUAGGCUGACAGUGUGCAUAGCUCACCCGGAUAUUUUUCUCAAGCCUACAGAUGUAAAACUUUUUCAUCACAUGCUUCAUUUCUUAAGGUUGUAACACCAGCAAGAUAAUGAUGAAUUGCCUAGAUUUUUACAGAUGCUUAAGUAGACACGUGUACUUCAUCCAAAAUGACAAUGCAUAUCUUUGUCAUGUGCAAAUACUGCUUCUACUAUAGCUUUGAAAGUUUGUCUUCUGUUUGUCUAUGUGCUUUUGGAAAAGCUUUUGAACACAGUUCUUGUGUCACUUUUGUAGACCUUGACCUCUUUAAGUUAUCUUGUUUAUGGUUCAAAUAAUGUUCAUACUUUAGUAGCUGUAGUGGCCUGAUGUGUUCUUGGUUUAUUUCCAGUGACAACCAGUUUAACUUUUUUUUUUUUCAGUACCUCUAAUGUAUGACUGGUUGUCAAUUAUAAUCAUUGAGUAGCCUGUUGAAACAUGAUAUCCAUUCUUUUACCAAUACAUUUCAACAAUAUAUAUAUGUCCAUUCCUUCAAAAUACUAAAAUUACAUGAUUAUGUAUACUUUUAUAACCAUAUAAUAUGAAAACUUUGUAUCAUAAAAUCCAGUAAUGUCAUUCUUCUAGGAGGGAUCAUUAUAUAGAGGUGAAUUAUUGUUGUAACUUUUUCCAAGUAUGUCUUUAACUAGAUUGCAAAAAUAAACAAAGAUAUCAGGGCUUUUAACUUGUGUAGUCACAGGCUACAGCAAUGGCAGAGGCAAUAUGAUUGGAUAAGCAAAUUGGGAACAUCCUUCUGUAUAUUUGCUACUUGAGAUUGAAAACUUGUUUAUUGUGAAUUGUUAAAUUAUAACAAUAUUGGUAUCAUUGGCAAACAGGUAUUUUAUUGAGUUUUACAGUGGAGUAAUAGAUUCAAUAGCUUGUAUAAUGAAUUAAUUAGAAGCAAAUGCUGAUAAACAAGUAAAUGAUUCAAACUAUAAUAUCACUAAUUAGUGAGUAAGCAGUAGUUUUCUUUACGGCUGUAGAGAUGGGUUUUUGCAGUGCCUUUAUAUUCCUAUGCAUCAUAUCUUUUAAACUAGUACCUUUACUAGUUGUAAAAAAUGAGUUUUGUAUGGUUAUCAUUUGUAAUGAGUGUUCAUAUUUAUUGUAUAAUUGCAAACUUUGUAAUGUAUUUGUAUAUGAGUAUUAUCAUUUAUUUUGUAUGCCUUUUUAGAACAGUUUUACUUGCAUUAAUCUAACAGAAACGUUUGGAAAUAAAAUUUCCUAGAAAGUAAAUCACCACAUAAGAUUACUGUAAAUAUAUAUAUAGAGAGAAAGUUAAUAUAAACUUUUAGUAAAUAA